UGUGACAUCGCGAAAAUAUAUUUUGAUCGUAAUUCACGUUGAUCCUCGAGAUUGAAAUAUCACCGCGAUAGCAAAAUGUCAAAUCGAAGUAGAAAAUGCAGACUGUUGCGUUCGAAUCUUGCGGGAACACCGGAAGAGGAAGCACAGAUGCGCGCGCAGAAAUCAAUGCCGCAAAUUUUCAAAGCAUGCGCCAGUGCACGGGGACAAUCACGUCCGUACUACGCGUAAAGAAAUAAAUAAGGCAGUGAUCAGGUGCGAUUAACCGAUUGGCAAGAAGUGCGCGGUGUAACGCGGAAUUAAUCGGUCCUCACUGAGUAAAAGAGCCGCCAGUUAGAAGUUUUUCGGGAACAAUGAGAUCAUAGAGCGGUUCUACGGGUCGAUUGAGAUUAUAUUGUUUUUCUCGUUCUCGUAUACACGUCUACCACGGCAGACAUGGACGAGAAUUUGAGCCGGGGCUACGUGCAGUUAGGGAAAGCGAGGGGCAUGAACGAAUUCAAAUUCUCCAACGGGUUCACGCAUUUAUCACCGCCUGUCGACAAAUGCAACUUCAUCUACUUCGCUCUCAUACUUGGCGGUAUAGGAUUCCUCUUGCCGUACAACAGUUUCAUUAUAGCGGCGGACUUUUUUCAAGCAAGAUACCCCGGAACUACUGUAAUAUUCGAUAUGUCAGUUGUCUACAUCAUCAUGGCAUUCUUCGCAGUCUUUGCGAAUAAUAUUUUAAUCGAAACGUUGUCUCUAAACACGCGGAUAACAUUUGGAUAUCUGGUAGCCUUCGUCACUUUAAAUUUUGUUGUAAUUUCCGAGAUCUGGUGGGAGCCUUUCAACACGGCCACCUCUUACACGAUUAAUCUAGUCGUUGUUGCGAUAGUAUCGCUCGGCUGUACAGUUCAACAAUCGAGCUUUUACGGAUACACCUCAAUGCUUCCGAGUCGGUACACGCAGGCGGUGAUGAUUGGAGAAAGCAUUGCUGGUCUUUGGGUAUCAAUCAAUCGAAUAUUAACGAAGUCUUUACUCGACGAUGAACGCAGCAACACAUCCAUGUUCUUCGUUUUGUCGAAUAGCACGAUUCUAAUGUGCUUCUUACUGAACCAGAAAGUUCGCAAAACUGACUUCGUGCAAUUCUACAUAACGCUGUGCCAGGAGAGAAAUCGAAUCACAUUAGAACCAACAGAAGAUGUGGGUCUGAUGGAUCCAUUGGACCAAGUCGGGGAUCCUUCGAAAGGUCAGUACGGGGUUUUAAAGAUUCAGACCAGCCCCCUUGGAAACGAAUCCGCGAGUGGAAACGCUGAACUAAAUGGAACAAAUCAAUAUUCGCCAUUCUCAUUCAGUAAUCCCGUAUAUGAACCUGGUGCGCCAUCAGGAAAUCCUCCUGGUAGCGCUGGUCCUACGUACAAAGUUGAAGACGUAGUUGUUCUGCGAGGAACAUACGGAACUCAAACUAGCAAACCGUGGCCUGAAAUCAAAAAGGGUUUCCUCGCGAGACUUGAAGUGGCAAAGAUAAUAUGCCCGUACAUGGGUAGUAUUGGUCUAGCAUACUUUGUAACCCUUUGCUUGUACCCUGGAAUUAUGUCAGAAAUUAUUUCCUGUAAACUUGAAUCAUGGAUGCCGGUGAUUUUAAUGACGGCGUUUAACGCCUCUGAUGUAUUGGGCAAGAUACUCGCGUUGAUUCCUUAUGAUUGGAAACGUACCCAGUUAUUAUUGUUUGCGAGUGUUCGAGUUAUAUUGAUUCCUUUAUUUUUACUUUGCGCAUUACCUAGAAGUACGCCAAUACUUUCUGGAGAGGGAUAUCCGUUGCUACUUUCUUGUUUGCUUGGCGUUACAAAUGGCAUCGUUGGAUCGGUACCAAUGACACAGGCACCUAGCAAAGUAUCAGAGGGACAUCGUGAAUUAGCAGGUAAUAUCAUGACUUUGUCAUACACUACAGGUUUGACAGUAGGUUCAUUGUUCGCAUAUAUACUUGAUACUCGCUUUGAACUACCAGCUCAAUUGAAAGAUGUAUGUCAAAAAGCAUUAAUCCCAUCAAUAAUGCCACUUAACAAUACAACAUCAAGCGCUGUAACAAAUGUUAUGUCUUCCACAUUACCAACAUUAGAAAACGUCACGCAAAAGGUAACUGUUUUGUCAGCCCUUUUGUCAUCCACUUCGAUGUUUAACAGUACUUUUAGUACAUUAGCUACCGGUAUGAUGGAAGCAUCCACGACCACAUCCCCGAAGGUUUUCGUUAAUGUUACUACCUCGGUUAACAAUGCAAUUGUACUACACUAGGACACGCACGUUUGUGUGUUGUGUUGAAUCUGAUGCUUUGUACGAAAUAAGUUUGUUAAAACGUUGCAUUAUCUGUUAGAAUUUUAUUCGCCAACUUGAGCAAUUAUUUUAAAUUGUUAUAUUAUUUGGUUUACAAUUAGUUUAAAUUGUUGUAACUGUUUCCUAAAAAUAAAUUUAUACAGAUACUAAAAAACUUCAAUUACAUAGAACAUCGUAAACUAUCGCCAGAUUGAACACACACACAAAGUGAUUCGAGUUCCCGAUUCUUAUAAUUUCGUAAAUAUUAUAAUAAUUGUUUACUCGGAUUUUGAACGUGAUUUAUUAAUAAGUAAAUGAUAUUUUUGACAAAAACGUGAUCAGCAGUCAAUAAAACGCAAGAACGGAGCAAUAUUGUAUUUGCAUUACGUUAAAUAAAUACUUCUUUUCAACCUCUGUAGAAUAAAUUAAGAGCCAGAGAAAAAAAGCUUUAAAAAUUUUCUUCGAUGAUAUUCCGUCUUUCAUAUCAUUCUGGCUAAUUUGAUAGCGGUUUAUCUAUUAGACUUUAUUGUUGAAUGCAAAGAAUCCAUAUAUAUUAUAAGCUAUACAAUUUGUUGCACGUGGGAAGCGGAACAAACAUUCCUUUAAUCCUUAAAUAAUACGAUGACGAACAAUCGUAACAUGGCAGAAACAUCCUAUACGUUAACUUGUAGUGUUCCUUUAUUUAUUUAGAUAAUUUUAAGAGAAAUAAAAGGAUAAUAUUUCCUAAAAGUUCCUGCCUUGAACUUGUUCGAAGGUCGCAUUUGAUUCAAGGAUUAAAUCAUAUCCUUCGGAAUGAGCUGUUUUUUAAUUCGAAAAUCGUUGACUUUAAGUUAAUUCCAGAACUGUCCGGAACGACGUCAAAAAAGAAAAAGAAAAAAAAAAGGGGAAAUUAUAUCCAAACGAAAUUCAGUCCUUCCCGGUAGUUCUCAGCACUGCACCUGUUAGAUCAAUGGUUGAGACGUAGCAAAUUUACACGAUCUAGUUAUUCUGUAAGAAAUUGUUAUAUGUCUGCGUGAAUAGUUAAUAAUUAUAAAUGUAAGAUACUUGCAACAUACUUCGGUAUGAAACAGAGGUGAAGAAGAAAAAAAAAAAAAGGAAAGAAAGAACGAAAAGCAUGUGUUUCCUUCGAGCGCAUAGUUUUCUAUCUACGUUAAUACGCCCAGAAACAUAUCCACAUUGUUACGUGGGACGAAUUAUAAUCAAAUAUUUUCAAUCUUUAUAGCCAUUGAAUGGAAACUCUUUCACACUGGAUAGAUACACUCUGCAAAAUCUCAUAUUUUCACGUCAUUACAGAGAUCAAAGCUGUAUAAUUAAAAAAGAAAAGGAAGUGGUGGAGAUCCUCUGCUAGAAUUUUUUUUCUGUAUUUCUUUUCUCACUUUUUGAAAUUCAAUCACACAAUGAAGCUCAUCCAAGCUCGUGAAUUAAAUGAACUUAACCGGCGAUUCAAAGCUCGGAAGCAUUUUUACGAAACGUUCCGAUGAUGGAUUACACUUCAACGUAUAAAAGAUUAAUGGAUAAAUGUAUAUGCGUAAUAUUUACCAAAUGUACCACCCAUCCAAACAGCUUACAGAUGUAUUUCAUAUAUUCAAAUGUAUAAUCUAGAGAUCCUUUAGACGAAGCAUAUACACGUACCGGGGAUUACACGUGAAACAUACACAUGUAUACGCGAGAAUUACUUAUACGUACAUUAUACAUACACAUAUACACACACAUACACAUGCAAGUUCAAAAUAAUGCAAAUUAAUUAUAUCAAUCUCCGAUUCGUUAUAUCAUCGAUUCUGUCAUUCAAUUUCUCUCGUAGGAUGGUUUGUUUUGUCUGAUGUCACUAGGAUGCACAAAACACCGAUACCCUUUUUGAACUCACAAUACGAAGUAAGGUCUUUAAGAUUCAAGAAUCAAUAAUUCAUUAGGUGUAUCUUUACUUUCAACAUAUCGAAUUGCCGAGCAGGAUUUUUGAGAAGUUCUUCAAAUAGGAAAAUUUAAGAGGAGUAUUGAAAGAUGUUCAGAAACAAAAAAGAAGAAGAAGAAGAAGGAGAAGCAGAAAAAUGAAAAAAACGGCACGUUCCUUUUUCGAGAUAUUUUUUUAUGAGAUGAAUUCCAAUUUUAUAAUCGCAUCGUAGACGAGAAAAGAUAUUUUAGUGGUUCGUUAAGCGACUGCGGUAUAUUUUUUAUUGCCUUUCAUUAGUAUAUUAAACUUGCAAUAAGUUCCAUGAUGUAUCUGUUAAAAAAAUGAACUAUGUCAGAGGAAAGAAAACGAAAGAGGAAAGAAGAGCACGUGAAACAAAAAAGAUACUCGAAUGGUCGAACGUAAUUAGGAAAAUUUAUACAAGGAUAACUAGAGAAAAAAAAAAUCGUAAUAGAGUUAUGAAAUGAGUGAGGUCUGAUAAUGAGUGAACAGUAUAAGAAUGCUUAAAAAGAUUGCGUGUAGAGAAUAGGGAGAGUCCUUUUGUUUGAUAAUCAUAUUUUUCAUUAUGAUGUAACUAUCCGUACGUCAGAUGCAGUACAUGGAGUAAUAUUCUGUACAGCCUUUAAUAUGUACUCGUUAAAAGAGUGCUAUUGAUUAUACAGAGAAGGGCAGAUGUGAUCAAUUUUUACAUUAGUCUUCUAGAUAUCAGAAGUUACUUCACAUCGUAAUUAAUAACAUGUACAAAUAAUAAAUAUGUAUAUACAUAUACAUAUAUAUAUAAUUAUA